AUGACGAGCUUUGAACAUAAUGUGAUGGUUGCUUUGUAUUGGGGUGGCGAAAUAAUUACGGAUAUGAACGGAUUUAGGUAUACUGAAUGUGCUAGAAUGAUUAUUAGUAUGUCUACCUCAACUUACUAUGUUGAAUUGGUUGGAUUGUUGCAUGAGAAAAUGGGAACAAAUAGUGAAAAUAUUCAUAUGGAUAUUUCUGGAAAAUAUCCAUGUUCAAUUCAAGGUAACAAUACAAGAGAUAAUGAGACCAAUAUUGAUCUAUAUAAAGAUGUAAAUGCUGAAAUUAGUGAUGAAAGUUCGGAGGAAUAUGAACCUCCAAAAGAUGGUGAUGAAAGUGAACCUGAUGAAGAUAUUGAUGAUAUUAGAGAUUUUUCUCAGAAUGGUGUAAAUCUUCAUAAUCAUAAACAAGGCGUGUCUGAAAUACAAAAUCAUGACAUACCCUAUUUCAGGACAUUAGAGAAUGAGGAAGACAUUUUCAUGUCUACAUGUGAAUCUGAAAUGGACUAUUGUUCAAUUUGGUCUGAGGAAGCAAAAAAGGAUUUGAAAAAAGGUAUGUUUUUUAGUAGUAAAGAAAAGUUGAAACGGGCGAUAACGAUUUGGAGUUUGCACAAAAAUAAGGAGUUUAAGGUGGUAACAUCUACCAAGAGUCUAUGGGUUGUGAGAUGUAAGUUUUAUAGUUUAUUGGGUUGCUUGUGGUUUCUUCGAGGUCGAAAAGUUGGAGAUAAUCUUUGGAAGAUAGGAAAAUAUGUUGAAAAUCAUAGAUGUGAGACUGAAGGGUUUUCUACUGGUCACGCCAAUCUAAAUACCAAUUUGAUUGCAUCACUGUUUUUAAAUCAAAUUAGCAAAAAUCCUAAGUACUUGGUGGUAGAUGUCAUUUCAAAGGUUCAUGAAAAAUUUGGUCAUCAAGUGACAUACAGAAAAGCGUGGCUUGGACGUCAACGCGCAUUUGAAUUGGUGUAUGGUGACUUUGAGAAAUCAUUUAGUGACCUACCUAAAUUUUUUGCAGCGUUUCAACACUUUAACCAUGGAACAGCUGUGGAAUGGAAACACGAAGAGUCUAUGAGUUCAUCAGAGGUAAAAACUUUUAAAUUUGUAUUUUGGGCUUUCAAGCCAUGCAUAGAUGGAUUCCAAACAUGUCGCCCUGUUAUUUCAGUAUAUGGAACUCAUAUUUAUGGAAAGUAUGAGAUCAAAUUAUUAAUUGUUGUUGGAAUUGAUGGAAAUGAUAACAUUCUUCCUUUAGCGUUUGCUAUUGUAGACAAAGAGUCAAAAGAGGCAUGA